GGGGGUUAAAGAGGCUUCGCUAUCAACCUCAAUCACACAAAAAAGGGGGGUUAAAAGAGGGUCGGCCAUCAGCCUCGAUCACACUGAAUAGUGAAUACAGAGGAGAGGUAACCCCCAACAGAACUGUUUCCAUUAAACUUGAAUCUGGAAAGAGAAAACCCAAACCCAAACCCAUAUUUGAAUUCCCGUGACAUCUCACUGUCAGAGAGAGAGAGAGAGAGAGAGAGAGAGAGAGAGAGGGUUGGAAAAAUACAAAUACUCCGCAAGAAGAAUGGGAGAGAGUGGUUAGCGUAUCAACCGACGGCAUCACUCCCACAAUGCAAAACUCCCACCAACCCCCCUUCCCCAUCUCCGGCACUACCGCUGCCGCCCUCACCAAGGACAAUAGGAGCUUCUACCUCAUCAUUGCCACCUCCUUUGUCUCUCUUUUAUUCAUUCUUUCUCUCUCCGCUACCUCUCCUCCUGCGCCCUCCGCCCCCGCCACCGACCCAUAUCUUUUUCCCACCUCCCACCACCGCCAUCCCAUCUUCCUCAACCCCAACCCAUCUGAUUCCACUCCCACUCCUCCCUCACUUGCCUACUUCAUCUCCGGCUCCGCCGGCGACUCCCACAAGAUCCUCCGCCUCCUCUUCGCCGCCUACCACCCCCGAAAUCACUACCUCCUCCACCUCGACCUCACCGCUCCUCAGUCUGAUCGUGACCGCCUCGCCCUCGCUGUACAAUCGGUCCCUGUUUUCCGAGCUGCCCGGAAUGUUAAUGUGAUGGGCAAGGCGGAUUUCGCCUACGGGAAAGGGUCUUCUUCGAUUUCUUCGACUCUUCAUGGGGCCUCCAUUCUUCUACGGUUGUCGUCGUCUUGGGAUUGGUUUAUUAAUCUCUCCGCUUCUGAUUACCCGCUUGUUACCCAGGAUGAUCUUCUCCACAUUUUAUCAUUUGUACCUAGAGACCUCAAUUUUGUGAAUCACACCAGUUACAUUGGCUGGAGAGAAUCUCGGAAAUUGAAGCCGAUUAUCGUUGAUCCAGGGCUCUAUCUUACACAGAAAACUGAGAUAUUUUAUGCCACUCAGAAGCGGGGACUGCCUAAUUCUUUUCAGUUGUUCACAGGUUCAUCUUCAGCUAUUUUGAAUCGUGCUUUUAUUGAGUUCUGCAUUGUGGGCACUGACAACCUGCCAAGGACUCUACUGAUGUACUUAGCUAACACGCCUUCAUCCCUACCCAAUUAUUUCCCAACCAUUCUUUGUAAUUCCCGGCAAUUCAACAAGACUAUUGUAAACCAUAAUUUACAGUAUGCAUCCUUUGACAAGCCUGCCAAAGAGGAGCCCCGCAGACUUGGUUCCAAAGACUUUGAUGACAUGAUUCAGAGUGGAGCAGCCUUUGCCACACAGUUCCGAUUGAAUGAUGUUGCCCUUGACCGCAUUGACCAAGAGAUUCUUGGACGUAGUCCUGGAAAAAUUUUGCCUGGGGGAUGGUGUUUAGGUGAGGCUGGGAAUGACACAUGUUCAGUUUGGGGAGAUGCAGAUGUUUUGAGGCCUGGCCCAGGGGCAAAAAGACUUGAAAAACGUAUUGCUGAGCUGCUCUCAGAUGGAACAUUUCAGGCUCAUCAAUGUAUUGUUGAGUGAUUGAGCACUUCAACCCCCACAUAGGAGAAAGAAAGGAAAAGGAACCAGCAUUUAGAAAUUUUGUAAUAGAUCCACUUCAAUUUUCCCAUUCUUUUAGGGUUGAAUAUUGUAGCACACUGCAAUUGAAAUUGUUGUAAAUUGAAUUUAAAAAAGAAAAAAAAGGCAUGUAUUAGAGCUAGCCAGAGCGCAUUUUGAGAUGGUAUUGUGUAAACGAUCCUUGUUAAUCUGUUGAGGAUGAUUGUUUUUGUUUC